AUGACUAUCUAUAUAUAUGGGAUUAUAUCAACGGGUGUGGAUUGGCACUUUAUCAUGUUCACUUCCGAAGGAAUUUUUUGUACGAGCAAUAGUGAAUAUCAAAUAUAUCUCACAAAAAAGGCACUUAAGGGUAAUCAGGAAAAUCUGAGGGAGGAUAUAAAACAGGUAAUCAGUAUAGUCGUAGGAUUAUUGAAAGAUAGAAUAACCGCAUGUGAUGAACCCGAAAGCAAGAGGCGUCGUGGCAUAUUGCCAGAGACAACUACUUCUGGUUAUAAACAAUAUGGCUCUGAUUUAUUUCUGAAGGAUUAUUAUUAUUUUGUGCUCCAUCUGUGGCCUCGUAAGAAUGAUAGAAAUAGCAGGUCGAUAAAACUUUUCUGGGAUCUACAAGUCAUUGCUACGGAAUCCAAAUUGCUUGAUGAGAAAUCCAAAUUGCAGUGGAAAGAAGGGAUGCUCGAAUUUGAGGAAAUAGGCCUCCGCCAUCUUCAAGGAACAUCGUCCGCUGUGCAAGAGAAACAAAUUCUAAACUAUACAUGGAGUGCCUUAGAAGUCGAUAGAGAAGAAGAAAUAAUCCCUAUAACGUUAACAAAAAAG